AUGGAGAGUUUCUGGAAAUUCGCGCUGAUAGCCUUAUCUCACCUCCAUUGCCUCUCAGCCAACCUAGGUAAAGAAUCAUUUCAGGGUGAGCCCAUCCUAAACUUGGCCAAAAGUUUCGAAACAGACCUGGAUGGGCGAGAGCUUCCCAUGGUACGUCCCUUGGCGUCCUUGGACAUCUCCCUUAGUCCCAAACUGCAUCAAGAGCAAAAACCAGUCCAAUUGGUACCAUCAAAAAGACCUUCAAGAACCCCGGAUAGUUCUCAUUAUACCUUCUUACGGGACAAUUGGAGCAAAGAGAGAAAUCAAGCAUCCCUCAUACCACAGUUUCACAAGGUGCGCGAUGAUAACCUUUAUCAUCGACUUUCAAAACGGCCACGGUUCGAUUGGGACUUGAACGUAACUCCACCUGAGUUGGAGGAGCAAGAAUCCAGCUCACUUUCUGGUUCAUCAAAUCAUCAAUCUCAAGUAUUUCAACCUAGUAGUAAGUGA